AUGUGCGCAUCACUGCCGUAUGGCACGGGCUUGGUGUCGCAGGACAAUCUGAACCCGAACCUAUUCUACGUCAGCACUCAUCAGCCUUCAAACAACUCGUAUGGACAUCUGCGUAAUGCAUGUGUGCGAUCGUUGUCCUGCGAGAGAGUGCCCGGUCGCGAGGGCCCCGUGUUCAUCGGCACCAGCGACGGAUACUUCCUCAGCUACAUGUUCAAGAUCAAUGAUAGUAAGGCGCGUGGCACAUCACGUUGGUAUGGUCUGUUGUUCCUUAUUGGCGAGGCUUCAUGUCUAGUACAUUACUUUGGCUGGGUGGUCAGCUGCUUUCGAUCAAUCGCCGACGAGAUGAAGAAGCGUGCCAACAUUGUGUUUGAGCGCGAGUUGGCCAGCAACACACACAAUCAAAUGGCGAUGGCCAGACGCGGACGUGCCGCCCCACUGCGGUCCUUCACCGAUCUCAUCGAAGACCCACUCUUCUUUAGCAGGCUGCACGUGACCUUUACACAGAUACUGUCCAACUGCCACCUCAAGUACUACCUCAUCCAGAAUCCACCACCCGUGCUCGAGGCCCACACUGAGCUGAUCCAUCACCUGAAGCAAGAGUACAUCAUUGGCGACCGACACCUCCUCCAGGCACCUUCAUCCUCGCGCCAACACAACGACAUGCACACAUUGCUCACACAAAAGUUGAACCAAUCGCUGGGCAUGGGCAUGGGCACAGAGUUGGUCGAGUCGCUCGGCCAGGUCAGUCGAAUCAUUGGCGAGAGCAGUACAUCAGCACUGAUAUACAACACAAUCAUUGGCAAUCAGGUGAUUGUGCGUGGUCAUUCGCGACCCCUCGUCGCAUCACUCAUCGACGCACUCAAACAACUCAUACCAAGAGAGUGCGCUUCAAUAUGUUACUACUCCGAGACAUUCAGGGAGAUCUGGGAGUGCAACAUACUUGGUCUCAGUCCCAAUGCCACCAUCCCACUUCAUGUCGAAAGGGAUGUAGUGGCAUUGAUUGAAAUUGAUUACUAUAACAUAUCAGAGGACGACCCUGAAUAUGACAGCUUUAGAUCAUCACCAUCAAACAUUGAUAUAUCGUUCAGUGGACCAAGAUAUCCAUCCAGCUUUGGCGCUGGCAUUGAGACCAUCCUGAAACAAAACCUAUCGCCUCAAGCUGAAAGAAUGCAUAUCCUAACACUCAAGGAAGAGUGGAUAAACAAAACCAAGGCAUUCUAUGGAUUAAGAUCAAUAAUAGAGGAUGACAAGGAUAAACGAUUAUCACAUUUCCUUCAUUUGAUCAAUUGUACAUUGGAGAAGGACAUACUGAUACUUAUGUUUUGGACAUGCUGUGCAAGGAAAUGGUUCACAAACAUUGAUCGCAAGAUGAAUGUCUUUGUCAAAUGA